UCUCGAAUAACAGGCAGUUAUGCAUGGUGUUUACGUCCAUCUCUCCACAUCUGCCACGUAUUCAUGGAUACUGCCACCUCCAGCCCUCCCUCUUACUACUCACGCGCACAUGCUUACUUCCUCCAACUACUCAGCGCAGCAAAAAAGAAUACGAAGAGAAGAAAUGAAAAGGAAAUAUUAAGAGAAAAAUUUAGAGAAAAAAAAUGAAUAUAGAGAGUUUAGUGGUAUCAGCAGGCAUUAACAUUGGUUUAGCUGUCUUCAUUCUUUCUCUUUUCUCUUUACUCAAAAAACAGCCUUUCUAUUCUCCUAUCUAUUAUGCUCGACGCCUCUCCUUAGGCCACCGUGACGUUCCUGAUUCGCACCACCGUUCUUUUAAUUUGUGGCGGUUGGUUCCGGAGGUCGACUGGAUUUUUCGUGCAGUUCGGGUUACUGAGGAGGAGAUUCUCCACAAUUCUGGCCUUGAUGUACUCGUUUUCGUUAGAAUCUUCAAAUUCGGGAUCAGAUUCUUUCUUGUUUGUUCUAUAGUUGGGCUUCUGGUACUUCUCCCACUAAAUUAUACUGGGAGUAAUGGACCAAAUAUGAGCUCUCAUUCCAUGGAUGCUUUCACAAUAUCUAAUAUCAGCAGAGGCUCUGACAGGCUUUGGGUGCAUUUUUCUUUCUUGUGCUUCGUCUCGUUUUAUGGAAUGUACCUUCUUUACAAGGAGUACAAUGACAUUUUUAUCAAAAGGAUUCAGCAGAUAUGUAACAGAAGGCAUGAACCUCAUCAAUUCACCAUUCUGGUUCGAGAAAUUCCACUUUGCAGUGAGCACCAAACUCGUGGAUGCAACGUAGACCACUUUUUUUCCAAACAUCAUCCAUAUUCAUAUCAGUCUUCUGAAAUUUUAUAUGAUUCGAAGCUUUUGGAUAAUCUACUAUGCCAGGCAAAGUCUCUCACAAAAAAGAUUGAGGACCUGAGGCAUCUUUCUUCUACUAAGAAACAUGGUAGAAACUCAUCUGUAUCUGGUGCAUGGAAAUAUGAUGCUAAAAUAGAGCAGCUGGAGGACAUGCUUCAAACCCUUGGUCGUGAAAUAAGGCAUAUACAAUGCAGGAUGACGAUUGAGCAGAAGGAAUUACCUGUGGCUUUUGUUGCAUUUAAUUCACGAUGGGGCGCUGUUCUAGCUGCUCAAUCUCAACAGCACACAAAUCCACUCCUCUGGAUCACUGAAGUGGCUCCAGAACCAAGAGACGUGAUCUGGCAAAAUUUGGCAAUUCAAUAUCGUCAUUUGCCACUGUACAGGAUAGUGAUACUUGUUGCAGCAUCACUACUUACCAUCUUCUUCGUGUUACCAGUCACAGCUGUUCAAGGAAUUGCCAAAUAUGAUCGCCUGAAGAAAUGGUUUCCUCCUGCGAUGGCUGUGGACUUGAUACCGGGGUUAAGGUCCGUCGUCACGGGAUAUCUUCCUAGUGCCAUUCUUAAUGGUUUCAUAUACAUUGUUCCAUUUGCCAUGAUUGGACUGGCAAGAUUAGCUGGUUAUAUCUCGCGGAGUAAGAAGGAUAUAAAUGCAUGCAACCUGGUGUUCUACUUCCUGGUAGGGAAUGUAUUUUUUCUAAGCUUGUUGUCAGGAUCUUUACUAGAUCAAAUCGGCGAAUCUUUCUCUCAUCCCAAGGAUAUUCCCAACCGUCUAGCUAGUGCUGUCUCUGCUCAGGCAGAUUUCUUCGUGACGUACAUCCUGACAAAUGGGCUGGCAGGAUUCUCUUUAGAGAUACUUCAGCCAGGAUUACUUCUCUGGGAUGCUCUUAAAUCUCACACGUGGGACCGUGGAAAGAAGAAACGUCCUUAUGUUUAUUCACUACCUUAUUAUAGAAUUGUUCCUUUUGUUGCUCUCUGCAUGCUGAUUGGGAUUGUUUACGCGGUGGUCUCACCUUUGCUUCUUCCAUUUCUAGUAGGCUACUUCCUGCUUGGAUAUGCAGUGUUCAUCAACCAGAUUGAAGAUGUAUAUAUAACUACAUACGAGACAUGUGGUCUGUAUUGGCCUUACGUUCAUCACUACAUUAUAGUUGCGAUCAUACUUAUGCAAGUCACAAUGAUCGGUCUUUUUGGACUGAAAGCUAAGCCUUCAGCUUCCUUCUCCGUUAUCCCUCUCAUGGUUGUCACUAUUCUCUUUAACGAAUAUUGCAAGAUGCGGUUUCUUCCUACUUUCAAUCAUGUCUCAAUCCAGCUGAUGUUAUGGUACUGUGUCGUCAGGAUGCAAAAAACAAUGAUGAACUUGACAAGAAGGAUGGAUUGAUGGAGGAGAAUGUCCGGAAGGCUCUUGAUGCUUAUUCUCCUCCAUGUUUGCAACCCUUGGACCUCGGGCUAGAAGGAACGAGCUCCACCAAGCCAUUUCUAUCUCCAACAUAGAACGAACAUGUUGCCGUUCCUCCUUUCAUCUUUCUCCCACGUUGCCUGUGCUCUGAUGUCUGACAAUUUUGUUAGGGAGUGUUUGUGUCGACAUCACAUUGUCAAAUUACAUGCAGGAGAGCUAAUCUGCUCGUAGUCAUGUAUACCAACUUUUUUUGGUGUUGUUUUGUUUCGUUGACAUGGCUCAUCAUUGCUAAGGCCAUCAUAUUUGUAUCGGAUGGACAAAAUUGCUAUUAGAAUUUGUUUUUUCUUUUA